CAAUUCCUUCGGAGUAACUCCUUGCGUCUGGGCAUGUUUAAAAGAUGUGCCAAGGCACUCAAUUCAUGCGUAAGGAGAGUCGGGGCCUUCACCACUACCGCAUCUACCGGAUCAAGUAGUAUCUCCUGCGAAAUGUGGUUCUUGUCCCUAGGAUUCUUGGCACAACGGGGCCAUCGUCAUUCUUGGCCCCAGGGCUUGGCAUAGGUCUCCUCCAUUUGGGGGGAGUGGGUUAUUUAUUGGAACUGGAUCACCCAAAAUGGUGCAGGGCAGACGCACCGUGACGAGUC